GGCCGCCUUCCAGUCGCGGGCUUGCGCUGCAAUCGCGGCGAGGAAACGGCCAGUGCUUCACCAGCUGUCGAGGCCGAAUGGUUGGCCUCGUCAACCCCUUCGUCUGACCGCGUUUUCUCUCUCUUUCUCUCUUUCGCCCAUUGUCUCUCUUUCUCUCUCUGCUCGUUCUCCUCUCCUCCACCGCCCUCUCGAUCCGUCGGCCUCGUGGUCCGUCGAGGAAGGUGGAAUUAUAAGGUGGAAGGAAGUGGGUUCGACAACGCAAGGAUUUAACAACGCAGGGAGGAAAGAUGAGACGCAUCGGCAUCCUCAUCGUUUGCCUAUUGGUCGUGCUCGGUUUUUACGGUAUAAACGCGAUGCAAUGUUAUCUCUGCAACAGUCACAACGACAGCCGAUGCGCCGACGAGAAUCCACCGGACGCGUUGAAAAAAGAUUGUUCCGAUCUGAAGAACGGCGCAAAAUACACCAUGUGUCGAAAGAUCACGCAAGUCAUCGAGUUCAGCGUUAAUGGACUUCCACCCGACACGAGAGUGAUAAGAGGCUGCGGAUGGGACGAGUCGAAUUACAAGGGGAAGUGUUACCAGAGGAGCGGUUUCGGUGGCCGCCAAGAGGUCUGCUCGUGUUUGACAGACUUUUGCAACACUGGUACACCGAGCGUUCUACCGCCAACGUCGCUGAUCGCCACGUGCGUCGCCGCCAGUGUCCUUCUAGCGUAUAUGCGUAAUAAUUAAUUUCCUCGAAAGUAAAGAAAAAAGAUAAAAAAAAAAAAAAAGAAAAAGAAAAUAGGGAAAAUAUCGACAUACUCUUUUUCGACAUAUUUGGUCGACGACAAAGAUCAACAUUCCGCGAGUUCGAGAUCGUUAGUUAUAGAAUAUUCGAGUAUCGUAUCGUAUGUAAGUAAGAAGGAUGAUAUGUGAGCAAGAGAGACGGAAACUGACGAUCUCGAAAACGAACGAGAAAUUUGAAUUUUACGCAAAAAAAAAAAAAUUCUAGAGACACUGUGCAGUGGCUUCCUCUCCUGUCCAUCGGGUUCAAGAAAUUAAAAAAGAAAAAAAAAAAAUAUCGUAGCUUUAGAUGAGAUUAUGCGUAUACGUAUACAAUGCUGUUUCUCGAGAGGGGAAAGAUCGCUUUUUAACGGAAAGAAACGAAAUAAAAACGAUGUUGAAAGACGCGAAAUUUUUCAAUCAGAAUUUUAGAUCUUUAUCAAUUUUUAACCGGGAUAAAACGAUUGUAUAAGGGAUUCGGGGACGGUAGGAUAAUACGAUUUUUUGGUACUUUUUAGACGUCGAAACAGCUUGGCGAGUAUUUCCUCGAUCGUGUAUAAUUCUUCUUGGGGGAAAA